UAGAACAUAUAAAUAAGUAUGAUUUGGACUGUUUAAAGUUAAACAGCUGAAAACGUUAAUAGAACGUAAAUUCUAUAAUUAUGUGUAUAUGAUUGAGAUGACUGUUGGUGAUUAUUCAAUAAAUGUUUGUAUAUAUUACAGUACGUCAGUAAAAAAGUAUAAUCAUACAAGAUAAAAUCACAUGGUUCAAACAUACAAGUGUUUUAUGAGAUUUAUACGAAAUGUCACGUUUCUCUAAUUUACGAUUUUAUUCGAUUAUAAAAGAAAUUAAAUAUUCAACCACCUUUCCAAAAAAUCCAAUUUCAAGAAAGAAUAGUGAUAUAAAAAAUAUACUUUAUCAAUGUAGCAGAGGUUAUGUUCACUUCUGGAAAUUACAAAAGCAUAUUUAUCCAUUAUACAGAUUUCUGGAUAUGCUCAUGUCUAGACAAAUUCGUUCUUUGUUAAUAAAGACAAAAACAGUAUUAAAUAAGUAUGACAUUAAUCAUAGCAAAAGAUAUUGUAAAAAGUUAGGUAUUGUAUCAAGUGGUUUGGGUAUAACUGUAAGUUUAUGUGAAGCAUCAAAUUUGCAUAAAGAGAAAGAGUUCUUUCAAGCUGCAAAGUACGGUGAUAUUGGAAAACUAAAAGGUAUUUUAAAAUCUGGUAUCGAUGUAAAUGUAAGACAUCCAUUAGGUUGGACAGCAUUACACGUAGCUGCUAUUAAUGGGCAAUCAAAAGUUAUUAAACUUUUAGUAGAACAUGGGGCUGAUGUUAAUGUACAAGAUGAUUUCAUUAAUGUUUAUGCAACAGCUAUAGAGAAAGGGAUGCCUGUUUUAGAUGUGCUUGCAACAAGGGAACAAGAAUUUUCAGAUUAUUUAAACAGUAGAGCUACUUUCAAAGGUUUUACAGCAUUACACUAUGCAGUAUUAGCAAAUUCAAAAGUGUGCGUAAAGGAAUUAAUGAAUGCUGCAGCUGAUCCAACUAUAAAAGCUGAAUCAGGUCAUCGUGCUAUGGACUAUACUGUAGAGGGAGAGCUCAAAGAAAUGCUGACAAAAUAUAGUGUGAAAUAUGAUAAUAUGAUGGAGGAAAAAGAAAAGGAAGAGCGUCGUAAAUUUCCGUUAGAGCAACGCUUAAAACAGCAUAUAGUUGGACAAGAUGGAGCUAUAUCUAUUGUUGCAUCCACUAUCAGGAGGAAAGAAAAUGGAUGGAUAGACGAAAAACAUCCGUUGGUAUUCCUAUUCUUAGGUUCGUCAGGAAUUGGAAAAACUGAAUUAGCUAAACAAUUAGCUGCAUAUAUUCAUAAAAAUAAACCAGAAGCAUUUAUCCGAUUAGACAUGUCGGAAUACCAAGAAAAACACGAAGUUGCUAAACUGAUUGGUGCACCUCCCGGAUACGUGGGUCAUGACGAUGGUGGACAAUUAACAAAGCUACUUAGGAAGUGCCCAACUGCUGUUGUAUUAUUUGAUGAGGUUGACAAAGCGCAUCCUGAUGUAUUGACAGUUUUAUUACAACUGUUUGAUGAAGGAAGAUUAACUGACGGUAAAGGUAAAACGAUUGAAUGUAAAAACGCAAUUUUCAUAAUGACAUCAAAUUUAGCAAGUGAAGUAAUAGCCGAACACGCACAACAGCUUAGAGAAGAAGCUCAACUGGUUUCAAAAAUGAAACACGAACAAAAUGUAGAUAUAAAUGAAGACUCAGAACGCAUUGAAAUAUCUCGGAAAUUUAAAGAUGAAGUAGUACGGCCUAUUUUGAAAUCACAUUUUCGAAGGGACGAAUUUUUGGGUAGAAUAAAUGAAAUUGUAUAUUUUUUACCAUUUUCUCAAUCUGAGCUCGUCAAAUUAGUAGCAAAAGAAUUGGAAGCUUGGGCAGAACGAGCGAAGGAGAGACAUAAAAUAGAACUGAAGUGGAAUAGAGAAGUUUUAUCGCUUUUGGCAGAGGGAUAUGAUACUCAUUACGGAGCUCGUUCCAUCAAAUACGAAGUAGAAAGACGUGUCGUUAAUCAAUUAGCAGCUGCUCAUGAACGAGGUCAAUUGGAAAAAGGAUGUUCUGUAUUGCUUAAAGUUAAAUGGCACAAAAAUGGCGCAAAAAACAUAGCACUGUCCAUUCGGCGUAAAGAUUCCAAAGAUUUUAUCGACAUUUCAACGACAGAUAAUUUGACAAAAAAUGUGAAUUCUGCCUUUUAAUAUCAUCAAUGAAUAUGUUCUAUGUGUGACUCCUAUAAUUAUAAAUAAUGUAGUAUAAUUUGACACUAUAGUGUACGUAAAUACAAAAGUUCCAAAUGU